AUGCCCGUCGCGGAGCGGUCCUACAGCCGCCGGGAGCUCGGCGAGCACCGAAGCGCGAAGAACUGCUGGGUCGCCAUCAACUCCUCCGUCUUCGACGUGACGGCGUUCCUCGCGCAGCACCCCGGCGGCGCGUCGGCGCUCCAGCAAUACUGCGGCAAGGACGGGUCGUCGGCCUUCGGCGCGCUCCACGGCGCCGGCGUCCUCGCGGACGUCGGCGGGCCCUACCGCGUCGGCGCGCUCGCG